GACUCACAGUUAGCUAAUCAGAGAGGCCUCAAGGAGCUCAAACAAGUGGCUGGGGGCUUGAUGAAAAGCGAGCACAUGCAGUCUGGCACCGGUAAACCAAAGGGAAUGACACACUACCUCUAAUUCCUGAUGGCUUUUUCCCCUCCUACCACUGAGAGGUAAUAAAAGGAAUCUGCAGAACCUCAAGAGGAUUGUUUACACUUGGAUGCUGCUGGGGAGAGACUUCCAGUCCAAGGAGUUAUACUCUUAUUAACUUUAUUUUUUAGCUAAAUAGCUCUACUAUGAAGAUGCUGCAUGUGGUCUUAUUAGUUUUAAGUUUCUGCCUUGGUCUGGGGACAGGAUAUAGUGCUGGGGGUAAGAGACAAUACCAGAUCCAGAACGGGCCAUGCAGCUACACCUUUCUGCUGCCUGAGCAGGAAAACUGCCAAACCCAGAGGAGCAACUACAAUAAUCCAGUCCAAAAGGAUGGGCCUGUGGACAACGACGAGUCGGCUCAGAGGCUGGAACAACUGGAGAUCACCAUGGAGAACAACACACAGUGGCUGCUUAAGCUUGAGAACUACAUACAGGACAGCAUGAAGCAGGACAUGGUCCAGAUCCAGCAAACUGCUGUACACAACCACACAGCUACGAUGAUUGAAAUCGGAACAAACCUGCUGAGUCAAACUGCAGAGCAAACAAGAAAACUGACCAAUGUGGAGGCACAGGUAAUUCAUCAUACAACUCGACUUGAGCGUCAACUUCUCGAAAAUUCCUUGUCAACCAACAAGUUGGAAAAACAACUAAUUGUCCAAACGAAUGACAUCAGCAAGCUGAAUGACAAAAACAGCUUUCUGGAGAAAAAGGUGGUGGAGAUAGAGGAGCAGAGGCAGCUGGAGCUGAAGCUGAUUCGAGAUGAGAAAGAGCAGCUUCAGGCUCUGAUACUGAGGCAGACGGCCAUCAUAGGUGAAUUGGAGCAGCAGCUGCUCAAAGUGUCCUCCAACAACACCGUACUACAGCGUCAGCAGCAGGAGCUACUGGACACUGUGAACAACCUCAUUCACACCAUCUCUGCUGGCUCAGCUCGAGGGAGUAAAACUUCCAUGAUGCAGGACACCCCUACCUCAUUCACUGACUGUGCUGCUGUCUACAAGUCAGGAAACACUCAGAGUGGAGUCUACACGCUCACCUUACCCAACACUACAAUAGAAGUGAAGGCUUUCUGUGACAUGGAGACAGAAGGAGGUGGGUGGACAGUACUACAAAAACGGUUUGACGGCCAUGUUGACUUUCACCGUACGUGGCAGGAGUACAAAAAGGGGUUUGGGGAACCUUCAGGUGAAUUCUGGUUAGGAAAUGAAUUUGUCUCCAAGCUGACGACUCUGCAGUCCUACAAGCUGAGGAUCCAGCUGAGCGACUGGGAAGGAAACUCUGCAUUCUCACAAUAUGAUCAGUUUUCUCUCGACGGCGAAGCACAAAAUUACAGGAUACACCUUAAAGGCUUCAGUGGAACAGCAGGCAAAAUAAGCAGCAUCGGGCAGCCAGGAAGUGAUUUCAGUACAAAGGAUGCAGACAACGACAAAUGUGUUUGCAAAUGUUCACAACUGACAACAGGGGGUUGGUGGUUUGACGCCUGCGGUCCGUCCAAUCUGAAUGGGAUGUAUUACCAACAAGGCCAAAACUCAAACCGCUUCAAUGGGAUCAAAUGGUACUACUGGAAAGGCUCGGGCUACUCACUGAAGUCUACUACAAUGAUGAUCAGACCGGCAGACUUCUCAGGUUCCCUCUGAACUGUCACGCUCAGACUGAACAAAGUGGGAGGCAAAUUCUGCUCGACAAACCGCAACAAACAACAAAACCAAAAAUAAAAAUUGUCAAGGGAGCCAAAGCACUUCAUGAACAUAUUUUCACACACAUUGAAAGAGAAUUUUGUGCAUGUCUUUUGUGUUUAGUAAUUUGAAUCACAUGGGUUGUUGCAAGAAAUUGUGAAAUACGUACAGUCAAAGUGACGCUGACAAAUACCUACACUGAAAAUACUGAUGACUGUGGUGUGUAUAGAUAACUAUAGGUAUAGUAAAUACAUUCAGCUAGCUAACCAGACAGAAGAGGCCAGAGUAUUAAGAACUAAUUUUAUUUCUUUAAAGAUUUUUAUGUAGUUCACCAAUUUAACUAUGUUGUGAACAAUAGCUGCCUAUGUCAUUGUAAAGAAAGAGACUAUGGUACAACCUGCAGAUAAACAACUGGCUCAAAGUGAUUUGUUUUUUCUGUUGAACGCCUAAAAUGUAAAUGCAGAUGUAAAAAUGCCACAGAAAAUAUUUCUCUUUAGAUUACAUUGUUUUUCUCUUGAGAAUGUACAUACAUUUGUUAUUUAAUUUAUAUGUAGAUUUUAAAUUUGAUAUUUAACAUUAUUGUAUAUGAUGGAGAUUUGUUACAGAUCCUGAGUCCUAGCUAGUUAACGGUUUUAUUGCACAUUAACUAAGAGGAGUUUUUUUAAUGUAUUUCUGCAGUGCCUUCCCACAUGCUCACACAUGAUGAAGAUCUUUUUGCAGUCUUUUGGGAAUGUAUUCUUUUAUUUAUGCAUUAUUUCCUUUGAAGUUUCAACAAGCAAAAUCUAAGAGUUGUAUAAGUGAGGUCGCUGAAUUUCUUUCCAGUGCAAACUGGCUUUAGAUUUUCUGUUUGACUGUAAUGCUCUACCAACUGUGAUAUACCGGAAGUUAAAUAUUAAACACAACCACCAUGCAGAGAGCUUCAGACACAAGCCUUAACUCUACGGUCUUUCUCCACAAUAGUCCUGUUUUACACUACAACAGCAAACAGCCUGGUAAAUGCACACCCCAACUUUUUCAGCAAUGUUUUAUCAUUUCAAGUA